AAAAACAGCCCGUCACGGGUCCAACCGGAGAACCGGCGGUUUGAACCACUCCAAUUGUAUCAUUACUCAACCGGCGUUCACCGGCAACAUCUUCAUCUUCCAUAGCUUCUCUUCCUCUUAUCUGGUUUCAUCGUUUUCUUCUUCAACUUUCGCUGUCCUCUUCUCUCCGGCUCCGUCGUUGUCGUCUUCUUCUACUGCUUUUUCGGAGAAGGGAGGAGCCUUCUUGGCUUUACUUCCAGUCACAAUAGUCAUAGCCAUGGCUUCCCUUGCCGGAAUCACAAAUCCAUUCCGGGCACCCUUCAGCUGCAGGACACGAGAGCGCUGCAACUCCACGUUUGAUGCACAAUCCUCAAUUUGCUCGAUGGACAGUGGUGACGACAAGAAUCAGGUUACCUCAAUUGAAAGAAGAGUCGACCUUAAAAAGCAGAUGGAUGCCGAAGCUAUAGAGAGAAAGGAGGCAACAAACAGGAAAAUAGCUUCAAAGAAAGCAAUUUCUAUUAUAUUGAGGAGAGAAGCCACGAAGGCCGUCAUUGAGAAGAAGAAGGGUGGUAGUAAAAAGCUGUUGCCGAGGACUGUUCUCGAAGCUCUUCAUGAGCGCAUCACUGCCUUACGCUGGGAGUCUGCUCUGAAGGUUUUCGAACUUCUCCGAGAGCAACUUUGGUACAAGCCGAACUCCGGCAUAUACAUCAAGUUAAUCGUCAUGCUCGGAAAGUGCAAGCAACCCGAGAAAGCUCAUACGCUAUUUCAGGCAAUGAUCGACGAAGGUUGCGUUGUCGACCAUGAAGCUUACACCGCUCUAAUGUCCGCCUAUAGUCGGAGCGGACGUUUUGACGAAGCAUUUCAUAUUCUCGAGAAGAUGAAAGAGAUGCGGUCGUCUCAACCCGACGUCCACACAUACUCGAUUCUCAUUAAGUCGUUGCUUCAUGUUUACGACUUCGACCGAGUGAAAUCUCUAGUUUCGGAAAUGGAGUCACGCGGAAUCAAUCCAAACACGAUAACGUACAAUACUCUCCUCGACGCGUACGGAAAAUCAAAGAAGUUUACGGAGAUGGAAUCGGUGCUCGUGGAAAUGCUAAGGCGGAAGGAUUGCCGACCCGACGUUUGGACGAUGAACUCGACGCUAAGAGCGUUCGGCGGGAGCGGACAAAUCGAAAUGAUGGAAAACUGCUACGAGAAGUUUCAAAGCGCAGGGAUCGAGCCGAACAUCAAGACAUUCAACAUCCUUCUCGAUUCCUACGGCAAAUCCGAAAACUACGGGAAAAUGAGCGCCGUGAUGCAGUAUAUGCAGCGGUACCAUUUCUCGUGGACCGUCGUCACAUACAACGUCGUGAUCGAUGCCUUCGGACGAGCCGGCGACCUAAAGCAGAUGGAAUUUCUCUUCCGGCUGAUGCAAUCGGAGAGGAUCAAACCGAACUGCGUGACACUGUGUUCGCUUGUACGAGCUUACGGGAACGCCGGGAAAGGCGAGAAAAUCGCGAGCGUUUUGCGGUUUAUCGAGAAUUCGGACGUGAUGCUCGACACCGUUUUUUUUAAUUGUUUAGUCGAUGCCUACGGAAUGAUGGGAUGUUUUGCGGAGAUGAAAGGGGUGAUAGAGAUGAUGACGAGACGAGGGUGCGAACCCGAUAAAGUGACGUACCGGACAAUGAUGAAGGCGUAUUCGAUUGGCGGAAUGGCUAACAAAGCUAAAGAACUUCGGAACAAACUUUCGAUGUUGUAAGGAUCGAUAUAUGUGAGUACGUACUAGGAUAUAAUAUAAAGGUAGAUAAUACUAUUACUUGUUAAAUAAAUGCUUUAUUACGAGACAAAAAAAAAUAAAAAAAACAAAAAUUUAUUAAAUGACACAAUGAGAACUUAAUCUACUAUCUAUUUUUUUAUUUUAA